GGCCGGCCCGCUGAGGGGGGCGGGGACUCGGCUUUCACGCGGGCGGCGCGGGGUUAGCGCGUGCCCGGAGGGCGGUGACGUAGAGGUGCCGGAUGCCCCCCGGCCGCUUGCCUGCGGCGCUGCCCCGCGCCAUGCGCCUCGUCCGCUUCCAGGGCCCCGGGGGGGCCGAGCCCCGGCUGGGGCUGGAGGAGGAGGAGGGCGGGGGCCUGGUGGACCUCAGCGAGGCCGAGCCCUCGCUGCCCCGCUCCAUGCGAGCCUUCCUGGAGACCGGCGAGCACGGCCUAGCCGCGGCCCACAGAGCGCUGGCCUCGGGCCAGCACCGCCUGCCGAGGGCGGGGGCGCGGCUGCUGGCCCCCAUCGGCGACCCCGAGAAGGUGAUCUGCGUGGGGCUCAACUACCGCGACCACUGCCUGGAGCAGGACGUCAAGGUGCCCAAGGAGCCCCUCAUCUUCAGCAAGUUCCCCAGCGCCAUCGUCGGGCCCUUCGACGACAUCGUGCACCCGGCCGAGAGCAGCGAGGUGGACUGGGAGGUGGAGCUGGCCGCCGUCAUUGGGAAGACGGGGCGGCACAUCCAGGAGUCGGCGGCGCUGGAGCACGUCGUGGGCUUCACCGUGGCCAACGAUGUCAGCGCCCGGGACUGGCAGAUGCGGAGGAACGGGAGGCAGUGGCUGCUGGGGAAAACCUUCGACACCUUCUGUCCCCUGGGGCCGGCCAUUGUCACCAAGGACUCGGUGACAGACGUCCACAACCUGAGCAUCCGCUGCAGCGUCAACGGGCAGCUGAUGCAGAGCAGCAGCACCAAGCAGCUCGUCUUCAGGCUGCCCCAGCUCGUCGCAUGGGUCUCCCGGUUCGUCACGCUGCGCCCCGGGGACGUGCUGCUCACGGGGACCCCCCCCGGUGUGGGGGUUUUCCGGAAGCCCCCCGUGUUUCUCAAGCCAGGCGACGAGGUGCGCUGCGAGAUCGAGGAGCUGGGCGCCAUCUGCAACAAGGUGGUGUGAGGACCGAGCCCCCCCUCCCCGCUUCGACCGAGCCCCCUAUCCCCGGGCCUCGCCGGGCCGCGACGGCGUUCAAUAAAUCCGCACGAGGAGGAGGGUGCUGCUCCC